GGCGCUUCCAGGAAAAGGAGCCGGUAACUACAAGAUGGAUUCACUGUGGUUACUCCUGCUUUGGGGCUUUUGCCUCUCUUCAGCGAGUGAAGAUUCAAAAGCCGUCACCAUGUCUCUCACCGCCAAGUGGCCUUCUACAUCACUGGUGCUGGAGGCCAGUGAAUUUCUUGCGGAUGAAGGACAGGAUAAGUUCUGGGACUUUGUGGAUGAAAACCAACAAAUAGUAGAUCAAGGUUCUGACUCUGCUAACUAUAACCUGUUAGUGACUAGUGCCAGCCGACACCUUUCCCCAGUCCAGCAGAACCUGCUGAAGUUUGCUUUGUCUCUUCGCUCCUACUCGGCAACUGUGCAGUCAUUCCAACAGAUUGCAGUUGAUGAGUCCCCACCCUCAGCUUGUAAAGCUUUCAUUGUGGUCCAUGAAAAGAAGACCUGUGACCUUAAUGAGCUGCCGUCACUUCUCAGUGAAGCUCUGGACAGGCCAAAACCUUUCUUGUUCAAGGGAGAUCACCAGUACCCUGGUACCUCACCUGAGAGCCCAGUAGUAAUACUAUAUGCUCAGAUUGGCUCUGAAGGCUUUUCCACGUUUCACCAGCAUCUCUCAGAGAAGUCUCGUGCAGGGAACAUUUCUUAUGUGCUAAGACACUAUGUUGCGAAUCCUGGGACAGAGAAAGUUUUCCUCUCUGGUUAUGGUGUGGAGUUGGCCAUUAAAAGCACAGAGUAUAAAGCUAAAGAUGACACACAAGUUAAAGGGAGCGGGGUAAAUGCCACAGUGGAGAGUGAUGAUGCCUUAGAUGAGGUUCAAGGAUUUCUGUUUGGAAAGCUCAGACAGAUAUACCCAGAACUUAAAGAGCAGCUAAAAGAGCUGAGGAAACAUUUAGUGGAAAGCACCAAUGAAAUGUCGCCUCUGAAAGUCUGGGAGUUGCAAGAUCUGAGCUUCCAGACCGCAGCUCGUAUCCUGGGUGCUCCCCCUUCUGACGCUCUGACGAUCAUGAAAGAUUUGAGCCAGAAUUUUCCUACUAAGGCCAGAGCUUUAACAAAGACCGCUGUUGACGCUGCUUUAAGGAAAGAAGUAGAAGAAAAUCAAAAAUAUUUCAAAAAUAACCUAGGCCUGCAUCCUGGAGACUCCGGUCUGUUUAUUAAUGGACUGCACAUUGAUCUGGACAACCAAGACAUCUUCAGUUUAUUUGAUGUCCUGCGUAAUGAAGCUCGAGUGAUGGAGGGUCUCCACCGAUUGGGUAUAGAAGGUCCAGCAUUGCAUAAUGUCCUCAAACUCAACAUUCAGCCAUCUAAUGCAGACUAUGCUGUGGAUAUCCGAAACUCUGCUAUACUGUGGGUGAACAAUCUGGAGACUGAAAGCAGAUACAACUCAUGGCCGUCCAGCGUUCAGGAACUUCUACGGCCUACCUUUCCCGGAGUCAUCCGGCAGAUCCGCAAAAACUUCCAUAACUUUGUUCUGUUUAUUGACCCAGUGCAAGAAUCUACCUCUGACCUGAUCAACAUGGCAGAAAUGCUCCUGAGUAACCACAUACCUGUGAGGAUCGGCUUGGUGUUCGUUGUGAAUGACGCCGAUGAGGUCGAUGGCUUUGAGGACGCAGGUGUUGCUCUGCUGAGGACCUUCAACUAUGUGGCUGAUGAAGAAGAUAAUUAUCAUGCUUUUCAGAUCGUUAUAUCGAUCUACAACAAGUUACGAGCUGGAGAAAAGCUGACUGUGAAACAUGUCACCAGUGUGCUGGAACAAAAGUACCGCUAUGUGGAACUGAGCAGUAUCCUGGGCCAGGACUCUGCUUAUGACCAGUAUAGAAAGGAAGGGAAGGAAUACUUCCUACAGACAGGCUUGUCUCCACUGCCCGUGGUUCUCUUCAAUGGUGUACCAUUCUCAAAAGACCAGUUGGAUCCUGAUGAACUGGAGACUGCAACAAUGCAAAAAAUUCUCGAGACAACAAGCUUCUUCCAGAAAGCUGUCUAUUUGGGAGAGCUGGCGAAUGAUCAGGAUGUUGUGGAUUAUCUAAUGAAUCAGCCGAACGUUGUUCCUCGAAUUAAUCUGAGGAUCCUGGAAGUGGAGCGCCGGUACCUGGACCUGACUGCAAUAAAUAAUUUCUUUGUGGACGAUUAUGCUAGAUUCAGUGUGCUGGACUCCAGUGAUAAGAGUGCGGCUGUAGCUAAUAGUAUGAACUACCUCACUAAGAAAGGAAUGUCCUCCAAGGAAAUUUAUGAUGAUUCUUUUGUGAGACCUGUCACAUACUGGAUUGUUGGGGAUUUUGACAAGCCAUCCGGGCGACAACUUUUGUAUGAUGCAAUUAAACACCAGAAAACAAGUAACAAUGUCCGACUUGGCAUGAUCAAUAAUCCCAGCGAGCAUCCCUCUUCUAAGACCACCCGUAUUGGCAAAGCCAUCUGGACAGCUCUCCAAACACAAAGCUCCAACCACGCCAAGAACUUCAUCACCAAAAUCAUCAAAGAAGAGAAUGCCCGAGCGCUGGAGGCUGGCCAGGACAUCACUGAGUUUGCUGUUGGGGGGAUGGAUGUCGGUCUGUUCCGAGAAGCCUAUGACACUCCUAAAGUUGAUUUUAUACUAUCCCAUUCUGCAUACUGUCGGGAUGUUCUGAAGCUAAAGAAAGGGGAACGGGUUAUUAUUGCUAAUGGAAGGGUGAUUGGACCCCUGAAGGAAGAAGAAAUGUUUAACCAAGACGACUUCCAUCUCCUGGAGAACCUUCUUUUAAAGACCUCUGCACAGAAGAUCAAAUCCCACAUCCUGAAGCUAGGAGUGGAGGAAGAUCAUGCCAGUGAUUUGGUCAUGAGGGUGGAUUCUAUUUUAUCCUCUCAACCAAAAGGUGAAGGGAGAAGUGAUUACCUGCUGAGUGAAGAUCAGCACAGUGCCAUUAGGAUGAGACCCAAAGAAGGCAUUAUGUACUUUGAAGUUGUAGCCAUUGUGGAUCCUGUGACAAAAGCGGCACAGAGGCUUGCUCCAUUAUUGUUGGUUUUGAAACAAAUCAUAAAUAUGAACUUGCGUGUUUUUAUGAACUGCCAGUCCAGGUUAUCAGACAUGCCUCUGAAAAGUUUCUACCGUUACGUUUUGGAACCAGAGCUUGUGUUCACCACAGACCACAAAUUAUCUUCUGGCCCUAUUGCAAAGUUCUUGGAUAUGCCCCAGUCCCCACUUUUCACUCUGAGCCACAGCACGCCGGACAGCUGGAUGGUGGAGGCGGUGCGAACGCCUUACGACCUGGACAACAUUUACUUACAAGAGGUGGACAGCAUUGUAGCUGCUGAGUUUGAACUUGAGUACCUGCUAUUGGAGGGCCACUGUUUUGACAUCUCUACCGGACAACCACCACGAGGACUCCAGUUUACUCUGGGAACAGCAAACAAUCCUGUGAUAGUAGACACCAUUGUCAUGGCUAACCUUGGUUAUUUCCAGUUAAAAGCUAACCCUGGAGCCUGGGUUCUUCGGCUCAGGAGAGGCCGUUCUGAGGAUAUAUAUGAUAUUUACAGUCAUGAUGGCACAGACUCUUCUCCAGAGGAUAAAGAUGUGAUCGUAGUGAUUGAUGAUUUUAUGAGUAAAACCAUCAAAGUAAAGGUUCAGAAGAAGGCAGACAAGAUGACUGAAGACCUAUUAAGUGAAGGGUCUAAUGAAAAUGACUCGGGCUUCUGGGAAUCCAUCAAAUGGGGAAUAACUGGAGGUCAGAAACAAGAAGAAGUGAAACAAGAUAAAGAAGACAUAAUUAAUAUCUUUUCUUUGGCCUCUGGACACUUAUAUGAGCGAUUUCUCAGAAUAAUGAUGUUAUCCGUACUGAAAAACACACAGACCCCAGUGAAGUUUUGGUUUUUGAAGAAUUAUUUAUCUCCUACUUUUAAGAACUUCAUCCCUUACAUGGCAAAGCAGUACAACUUCCAGUAUGAGCUGGUCCAGUAUAAGUGGCCCCGAUGGCUACAUCAGCAGACGGAGAAACAGAGAAUUAUUUGGGGAUAUAAAAUCCUCUUCUUGGAUGUGCUUUUCCCACUGGCUGUGGAUAAAUUCCUCUUUGUAGACGCUGACCAGAUUGUCCGAACUGAUCUCAAAGAUUUAAGGGAUUUCAAUCUGGACGGUGCCCCAUAUGGAUACACCCCUUUCUGUGAGAGCCGUAAAGAGAUGGAUGGAUACCGCUUCUGGAAGUCUGGUUACUGGGCCAGUCACUUGGCAGGGCGGAAAUACCACAUCAGUGCUUUAUAUGUAGUGGACUUGAAGAAGUUCAGGAAAAUUGCUGCAGGAGACCGGCUCCGAGGCCAGUAUCAGGGCCUGAGCCAAGAUCCCAACAGUCUCUCCAAUCUGGACCAGGAUUUGCCCAAUAAUAUGAUCCACCAAGUGCCUAUUAAGUCACUUCCUCAGGAGUGGCUUUGGUGUGAGACGUGGUGUGAUGAGACUUCCAAGAAGAAAGCCAAGACUAUAGACUUGUGCAACAACCCAAAGACCAAAGAGCCCAAGCUGGAAGCAGCUGUGCGUAUUGUUCCAGAGUGGCAAGAUUAUGAUCAGGAAAUCAAGAGACUGUACAAUCGUUUUCUCGAAGAGACUUUAGGAACAACAUUCGAUCACUCUGAUAAUGUUAGAAAACCAGAUACACAGGAUCACAAGCCACACGUGGAAUUAUGAUCUCCGGAUGUUUACAAGAACUUUUUUUUUUUUUUUAAAUCGCAAAUCUUGAGAUUAUUGUACAUUUUUACUUCUGUUGAUUUUACAGAAUGUCUGCAGAACUGCUGAAUGGUUUGAUAAGCUGAGCCGUUGGGGGUUAUUUAUAUUUUGGGUGUGACUGAAUUUUUGCUUUUCUAGAGGUUGUUAAAGGGAAUACGCCAUCAAGACUGCCAUUGUUCGACUUCCAGUCUGUGGUCUUGUUCACGACCAGU